UAUGUAAUAAGGCUAAGUCAAAGUUAUUGGUAAUUACAGCUACAAUCUAAAACAUUGUUUAGGGGAAGGUGCUUAUGGUAAAGUAUACUAGGGACUUGAUACCACAACUAAUUUAAAGGUGGCUAUAAAAAAACUAGAUUUACGUAAUUUUGAAAGAGAUAAUUAUCUUAAACAAUCAAUCAUAUAAGAAAUUGAAAUUCUCAAGAAAUUUAAUCAUAAAAAUAUAGUCAAAUUUAUUGAUUUGAUUUCAACACAAAGAAGUCUUUACAUUAUAACAGAAUUUUGUAAAGAUGGAGAUCUAAGAGAAAUUAUGAGUAGAAAAAAAUAUAAUGAAUAAGAUGCUUGGAAAAUCAUGAAAUAAAUCAUAUAAGGAUUUCGUGAACUUGUAUCUAAUGCUAUAAUACAUAGAGAUUUAAAACCAGCAAAUAUUCUUAGUCAUGAAGGAGUAUUUAAAAUUGCUGAUUUUGGAUUUGCUAAAUAUGUUGAUAAUUUUAGUAAUCAAUUACUAAGAUCAUGUGUAGGAUCUCCAUUAUAUAUGGCUCCAUAAAUUUUAGCAAGAAAACCUUAUUCUACUAAAUGUGAUAUUUGGUCUCUCGGUGUCAUAUUUUAUGAAAUGGUAUUUGCUGAUGUUCCUUGGAAAGGAAGAGAUGAAAGAGAUUUAUUAAAGAAUAUUUUAAGUGUUCCUGUUUCAAUCAAAAAAGGUUUUCUAACUACUAAAUGUGAAGAAUUCUUGAGAAAAACAUUAACUAUAGAAGAAAAUGAUAGAAUAUCAUGGGAAAAAGUAUUUGAAAUGUUUGAAGUUGUGAAUCUUCCAUCUGAUCAGAGAAUAUAAACUUCUCCUAAUUUAAAUAUUAGAGUAAAUAAUCAUUAGAGUUUACCAAAUAAUGAAAAAGAAAGAAAGAAAUCUAUAUUUUAAGGUCCAUCAUAAUCACCUAUGCAUUAAGCAUCUGCUCCUGUUUAACCUAUUUCAAUCUAACCUUAAACUCCUUCUAUUAAGAGUUUAAGAAAUGAAAUUAUAUUUAGGAAUUUUGUAUUAACAACUGAAUUAUUCCCAAGAUAUACAUCUAAUAAAAAUAGUAUAAUUGAAAAACUUAUGAUUUGUUUGAGUAAAACUAAUAUGGCAAUGCAAAAUAGUUUAUAUGCUUUAGCUAAUCAAAUAAUGGUUCCAGCAAUAAAAAAAGAUUAAGAUUAAUAUAUUUAAUUUCAUUCUGAUUUAAUUGAAACAUUAUCAAGAAAUGGGUAAUUGUAGCAUUGUGAUAGAGAACUGGAUAUAAAUUCAAAGGAUUAGAAUUGUACUGAUAAUGAAUGUGAUAAGUUAAAUCUAACUUUAAAUACAUUAAUUAAAUAAUUAUGGUACUAAUUAAUAAAUUAUUUAAAGUUAAGAAAUGAUUGAGGAACAUAAGAGAACUCCUUCUAGACCUAUUAUGUUAUUAUUAGACAACCUAGUAGAUAUUAUUAUAAUUCAUAAAAAAGUUUAAAGAUGUGUUGAGAUAGAUUAUGAUUAAUUAAAUGCUGAGAAGGCUGAAGAGGAUGACCCAAGAAAGAUUAUGGAUACUGUUAUAGAAAAGCUUAGACAAGCUUGAU